CUUAAUGCAAAUAAAAUUACAUAUACAAUUAGAGACUUACCAAUCGUACGUCAAGCUGUUAGAUAGACAGUUUAGGCCAUGUAUCAAGAGAACGAUAUUACUUAAUCAUCUAUCCAAAUUAAACGACAUUCUCAUGGAAAAGACAGUACACAAAUACACAAUCUCUCAAAGUUGUCAACAAAUAAAAUAAAAAUGAUUAUUUCCCAUAUUAGCAAGAAAGCAACGUGACGAUUGACGCGGAUUGCAUCAUUAAAUCUUGAACCCCUUUUCUUUUCAUAUUCUUCCCUCUUUAUUCUUUAACUAAAUUAAAAAGCAACAUUUUAGCAAAAAAAUUAAAUUAAAAAGCAACAUAAUUUAUAAAUUCCCACUAAUUUUCGUAUAUAAAUGUGGCUUUCAUGUUCGACUGUUUGUAUUUGAUAACCCCUUCUAUCUUUUCAUCAGGCUUUACAGAACACUCAUCUUUUUCCAUAUAAAUACAUAAAAAAGCUCCAUAUUUCUACCAAAAACACAGAAAAUAAUGGUUCCAAGAAAUAUAUUCUUGCACAUGUUAUUCUUAUUUUUCUCAAAUUUUCUGUCCACAAAAUGUAGUUCACCACAACCUCUUGUUCCUGCGUUUUAUGUCUUUGGUGAUUCAUUAUUCGAUAGUGGGAAUAAUAAUUUAUUGCCUACGUUGGCUAAGGCUAAUUAUUUUCCGUAUGGUCUCAAUUUUCCUGGAAGUUUACCUACGGGAAGAUUUACUAAUGGAAAAACUGUUGUCGAUUUUAUAGCUGAUUAUCUUGGAGUGCCAUAUCCUCCACCGCGAGUUAGCGUAUUCCGGCCAACAUCGUACACGGGAUACAACUAUGCCUCUGGAUCUUGCGGAAUUCUUCCUGAAACCGGAAAGUUUAUCGGUGAAUGCUUGAAUUUGGAUGAACAAAUGAGAAUGUUCAAAGAGACAGUGGAAAAACAGUUGUCCUCAAAAUACAAAAACUCGGCUGAGCUUUCCCAAUACAUGGCCAAGUCCAUUUUCAUUUUCUCAGUGGGAAAUAAUGAUUACAUCAACACUUAUUUUGGUCCUUUUAAGACAAGAAAACAGUAUAAUCCUCAACAAUUCGCACAACUCCUUGUUGAUACAUUAUCACUAAAAUUACAGAAACUUUAUAAUUUCGGAGCAAGGAAGAUUGUGGUGUUUGAGCUAGGUCCAAUUGGUUGCAUUCCAUCAAUUGUUAGAAGUUCAAAGCUAAAUGGAAAAUGCGAUGAAAAUAAAAAUGAAAUCGUUAAUAUGUUCAACACUAAGCUUGCAUUAUUGCUCAAGAAUUUAACUUCUACUCUCCAAGACUCACAUUUUAUUAUCGGAAAAGCACAUGGACUAGGAUAUGAUGCUGUCAUCAAUCCCUCAAAAUAUGGGUUAAGUGAUAGUAGCAAUCCGUGUUGCAAAGCAUGGGGAAAUGGUACAUUCUCGUGCAUACCGGUGGAAGCACCAUGCUCAUCCCCCGACGAAAACUACUUUUGGGAUGGCUAUCAUCUAACUCAAGCAACAUAUUCUGUUAUUGCAUCUCAAUGUAUUAGUGGCUCUGAUGUUUGCGUUCCUAUGAAUAUCCAGCAGCUUGUUCAAGUUUAAGAUUCAGUUUCUAGCUUAAUUAGCGAGUUAAUGCUUGGAUAAUUGUUAGCUAUUACAGCAAAUAUCAUUCUUAGAUAUUUGUCCAAAAGUUGUUACAAGUUUGUUAUAACUUCCCGGUUUUCUAGGAAGUUUGUUAUGGGUUGUUUAACCCAUUUAUUACAUUUAUUUCCCCUGUAUAUAUACCUGAUUCUAACAUUAAUAAAAUGGAUUAUU